AAGCAAAAGCAAACGCAAAUUAAUCGCAUAUCAGUGAAUUGUGCUACCAGCAAUCUUAGUGCUAUAUAGAUCAUAUAUACAUAUAUGUACGGUUAUGUCAUGGAAAAUAUUUGAGUGAAUUUUGAAAAUUUCCUAACGGAUUCAUUGGGCAUAUUCCUAAUAACAGUUAAAAUCAAGUAAAAGCUACAAAAAAAAAAACAACAUUGGAAACGAGUGUAAUUUUUUGCAAACUUCAGCGCUGGCAGCAGAGAGAAACUUGUAGCCCCCCGAUUCGCCCGAUUCGCCCACUUUUGGCGUCUCUUCUUUUAUAGCCCUCACGCGUGUUUUGUUUGUGCUCGUGUCGGUGUGUGCGUGCUGCUGUGCUUGUCCGGUUGUGUGUGUGUUAGCCGGCAGUUUGUGAGAGUGUGUUAGUGGGGAAAACAGCUGUUUGUUGCAAACGUUACGCUCUCUCUCUUUACGUGGCUAUCCCCUCUUGCGCUCUGGCUGUCUGUCCCCCCACCCAUUGAGUGCAAAGCAGUGCAAAAAGAAAAGAGAAAAGCUCAUCCAUCCAUACGAAAAGAAAAAAAAACAGCAUCCACAUCUUAAUAUGGCGGCAGCGAUAUCCUCCAGAAGGAACAUCUGUGUGACGCAGCUCCUGCUCUUUGCCCUGCUCUGUGGCGGCAUUGUGGGUCUCGUCAGUGGCAAGCAUUUGGGCGCCACCGGGGGCGACCACCAGCACCAGCAUCAGCACAGUGCCGCAACGCACCACCGGCGACGCCUGCAGCGGGACUCGCGCGCCAAGGAUACAGCGCAGCAGCAGUGUGAGGCCGUCAAGGGGUAUUUCGAGUCGAUCAACAUUCAUUCGAGUGGAGUCCACAAUGAAAAAGGCGCCAUUUGCGGUGGAAGCUGCUGCAGCAAUGCCACAGAGAUGGAGCUCCGCCAGAAGGCCUCGGGAAUGUUUGAGCAGCUGCUGCAUCAUCAUACGAGCAGCCUGCGCGGGAUCCUAGCGGAUAAUGCCAACCAAUUCCAGAGUCACGUCCUGGAGCUGGCCCAACAAUCGGAGAACAAGACACUGACGGUCUUCUCAAAGGUCUACAUACGAAUGGUGCCGCUGUCGGGGAUGAUGAUCCGCCAGUUGUACACAGAAAUCAUGAACCACCUGAACUACAUCUCCAACUAUACGAACAGCAAUGGCCAGAUGGGCGGCAAGGCCAGCAUUGGCAACCUACGCAACGGCCUGGAGGAUGCCGUGCACAAGUUCUUUGUGCAACUCUUUCCCGUGGCCUACCACCAGGCGGUGCAUCUCGCGAAAAACAAUUACGGGGAGCUGCACGAGGACUACAUCAACUGCCUGAAGCACAACUUUGACGAGCUGCAGCCCUUCGGGGGCAUACCCAGGGAGAUCCAGAGCAGCCUCGUCCACAGCGUUCACAUGUCGAACGUGUUCAUGAAUGCCCUGCUCCAGAGCGCCGAGGUGCUGAGCGAGGCGGAUGCCCUCUACGGCCAGCAGCUGACGGACACGUGCAAGAUGCACCUCCUCAAGAUGCACUACUGCCCCAACUGCAACGGCCACCAGACACGCGGGCAGCCGCAGAUUUGCAACGGCUACUGCAUGAACGUGAUGCGCGGCUGCUCGGCGGAAUACGCUGGUCUGCUGGACAGUCCCUGGUCGAGUGUGGUGGAGGCUCUGAAUAAUCUGGUCACCACCCACAUCGUCACCGACAGCGGCAUCAUCAACACCAUCAUGAAGCUGAGCACCAAGAUCUCCGAUGCCAUCAUGCAUGCCAUGGGCAAUGGUCCGGAACUGGAGCAGAAGGUUAAGAAGACAUGCGGCACGCCCAAUCUGUCGCCCUCGCUGACCGACGAGCCGGAGACGCGGCUGCAGCAACACAAGAACAACGCCAAGUGGGCCACGCCACCGGAUCCGGACAUGGUGCGCUUCCUCUCGACCAUCGAAAAGACCAAGGAGUUCUACUCGAAUAUUGUGGACAACUUCUGUGAUAAGGAGUACACCACCGAUGAUCGUCUCUGCUGGACAGGCGAUCGCAUUGGCGACUACACACAGCUGCUGAUCGACACUGGGAUGGACAGGCAGCGAUACAAUCCCGAAGUGCCCUGGAAGACCCAGACGCAGGUCAGCAAGCUGAACGAACUGGUGGACAAGCUCAUCAAGAUACGCAAGAGCAUUGGAGCAGCGGCACCCUCUUCGAGCAUACAGUCGCAUGACAUCCAAAGCGACAUGGGCCGCGAGGGUUCCGGAGGCGGCGGCGGGGGCCAAAUCAGCGACGAUGAUGAGGAAUACGGCGGCGGCAUACACGGCUCCGGCGAUGGUUCUGGCGAUGGUGCCACAACCAUUGACGAUCCCGCUGGCCCACCGCCCGUAACCGGCACUGAGCAGCGCGACAAUAACCAGAGCGGCGGUGCGUCCAAUCCCUUGGCAGCCACUGCAACGUGCCUGCUCCUCACUCUAGUCACAAUACUCUACAGGAGUUGUAGUUAAGGCAGCGACAAAGGAUAGAGGAUAAAUAAAUGCCCAAACAGCAACAGCAGCAACAGCAGCAACAAGAGCAACAGAAACCGAUAGAUGGCAGAAAAUGCACGCGAGAGAAUCGAUUAAAAUCAUUAAUUAAUAACUAUUAUCAUUAUUAUUAUUAUUAUUAUUUGUGUAAUUCUUAAGUUGUUACAAAACGUAAUUUAUUAGCCCCGUAAGCCCCCCUCCCGCCACCCAGCAAUCAACUAACGAAACAAACAAAAUAAGGGAGUUUCGGAGCGGAGCAGAGCAGCGCCCCUUCUAGCUUUUCCAUUUCCAUAAAACGAAUUUCCCCAUGCAGCAGCAUGCAACUCUCCAACAAGACUUAUGUGCCAUAAAAAAGAGUGUGGAGAGUGGAAAUGUGUGUCUGUGUCUGCCAAAACGAAGAAAGGAAGGAAAACCCCAAAAUUUAAAAGUUAAACAAAAUACAUAGGCUCAAACUCAAACCCACAAGCAGAAUAGGAAUACGAAUAGAAAAGGAAUGGAGUGGAGUGUGUGUGCAGUUUGUUCAGAUAAAUGUUAAUACUACUACAUACAUACAUACUUACAAGCUACAUAUACAUAUACUAUUUAUAGCGUAGAGUACAGUAAAGCUCAAUGUUCAAAGUACAUGUUGUUCCUUCUUGAAAUUUAAAUUAAAAUUGCGAAAAGAGAAAAGCACACAGAGAAUAUUCGAAAGGAAGAAAGUUCACAAAAUAGUAUACAUACAUACGGAAUACAUACGUAAAGUAAAGCAAAUAUAAAUCUGUUAAAUUAAUAUGAAAUUAUAAUUGUUGUCGUCUACACACACACACACACAUACACAUACACAUUUUGAACUGAACAAAAAACAUUUGAGAAGAAUAAUGCAUACAAAUGGAAUUUAGUUGAGUAAAAAAGCACUUUACGGGAAAAACUAGAAGACUUACAGCUUUAUACGCAA